GUGUGUGUGUGUGUGUGGACGGGGACCCGAGCGAAGGGGCGCAGACAAGCUUCCUCGAAAUACACCAACAAGUUACUGUUGCGCAAGUGGUCCAGGUUAACUUUUGCGAUGGAGGGAAGAGUGAACGCGUGACCGGAUGACUGUGCUCGGACCAGGCCAAAGGUACUAGAUGAGCGUUUGUAGAAAACGUGGGGCUCCGUGUUGGAGUGCUGCACUGAUGAUUUGAACACAGUUUGUAGGUUUCCUACCUCCUGCGAACCCAUCGAGUUUUGCUGUCCUGAGCUGAAGAACGAUAAACAUGACUGUGGCUAAUGAGAAGUCUGGCUCAGACCAGUCUUUUCUCUUUAGCAAUGCAGCAGGUGUUGGACAACCUGAAGGACCUUCCAUCAGGCACCGGAGCCAAAGACAUUGACCUCAUCUUCCUCAGAGGCAUCAUGGAGAGUCCCAUCGUCCGAUCCCUCGCCAAGGCCCAUGAGCGUCUUGAAGUGGUUAAGUUACAAGCCGUGCGGGACGACAAUGUUCUGCUUGUCACAGAGAUUGUGGAUUCCCUCAACAACCUGCCUGAAAAAGAUGCUGCUGCUGCAGAGCUCGCCAAAAUCCUCCAGGAGCCUCACUUCAUGUCUUUGAUAGAGGCUCAUGACAAAGUGGCUGCAAAGUGCUAUGAAAUGCCCCAUGCUACAGCGAACAGCAAUGUCUUGUUGACCAGUUCACUCAUGCCAGCUGAUGCUGUCAGGAUGAUUGGCAUCCAGAAGAGAGCUGGGGAACCACUGGGGGUGACGUUCCGUGUGGAGCAGGGAGAGAUGGUGAUCGCACGGAUCCUGCACGGCAGCUCGAUUGACAGGCAGGGCAUGCUGCACACUGGGGACAUUAUCCGCGAGGUGAAUGGUCGCCAGGUCGGCAGCAACCCCUGUGAACUCCAGGAGCUGCUGAGGGACUGCAGCGGGAGCAUCACGCUCAAGGUCCUGCCCAGCUACAGAGACACACCGGCACCACCGCAGGUUUAUCUGAAGCCACACUUCAACUACAACCCGGCCACAGACAACUUGAUCCCCUGUAAAGAGGCGGGUCUGGCCUUCUCCAAGGGAGACAUUCUCCAUGUAGUAAACAAGGAGGACCCCAACUGGUGGCAGGCAUGCAAAGUUGUUGGUGGAGCCACUGGUCUCGUCCCCAGCCAGUUCUUGGAGGAGAAGAGGAAAGCUUUCGUGAGAAGAGACUGGGACACUUCUGAUGCUGGGAUGCUCUGUGGAACUCGAGGUGCAAAGAAAAAAAAGAAGAAAAUGAUGUACCUGACGUCCAAGAAUGCUGAGUUCGACCGUUAUGAGCUGCAGAUUUACGAGGAGGUAGCCAAGAUGCCGCCAUUCCAGAGGAAAACGCUUAUUCUGAUUGGAGCCCAGGGAGUUGGUAGGCGGAGCCUGAAGAACAGACUCAUUGUCAUGAAUCCUCUGAGAUACAGCACCACUGUCCCCUUCACGUCACGACGUCCCAGAGAAGAGGAGAAAGAUGGUCACAACUACUGCUUCGCAUUGCGGGAAGAGAUGGAGAAGGACAUCAAAGAGAGCCAUUACCUGGAGCACGGAGAGUACGAUGGCAACCUUUAUGGCACCAAGAUUGACUCAAUCCACGAAGUGGUGGACAUGGGUCGUACCUGCAUCCUAGACGUCAACCCUCAGGCCCUGAAAGUGUUAAAGACUGCUGAGUUUAUGCCAUUCGUGGUGUUUAUUGCUGCUCCUGAACUGGACACACUUAGAGCUAUGCACAAAGCUGUGAUAGAUGCUGGACUUACUACCAAACUACUCACAGAGAACGAUCUGAAGAAGACUGUGGACGAGAGUGCCAGAAUCCGCCGGGCAUAUAGUCACUACUUCGACCUGACUAUUGUCAAUGACAAUCUGGACAAGGCCUUCGACAUGCUUCAGGAGGCCGUGGAGCGAUUAUUCAUAGAGCCGCAGUGGGUCCCAGUCAGCUGGGUCUACUGAUCUGCAUCCCCCCUGCUGGACGGACGAGGUGUCGGAGCAGCUAGACCUGAGAUGAAAGGGGACACCACCCUGUGCUGCACACACACACACACACACACACACACACACACACACACACACACACACACACACACACACACACACACACACACACACAGACUUAAGUGUUGGACAUCAGCCCUGUGUGAAUUUGGGUCUUGCACAAAACUGCAUCAGAGGCACCUUGAUCUGAAAUGCCAGAUUCCUUAAUAGCAUACUAUGCAAUUCAGAAUACAGAGGAAGUGUACUUACUGGCAAAAUAUUUUUUAAAGAAUGCUUUCUCUUCGAAUGGAUUUGAGGAGAUUACUGGCCUGCGUGUCAGGGUGUUUUAAAAAGCAAAAGCAGUUUUUGCUGUUGCCCUGUUCUAUUCAAUUUACAUGACAUUAUGUAAUAUAGGUAAAGUGUAUUUAUUCUGUUAAAAUCAGGAGGGUUCGCUCAUUGAUAAGGACGAUACCUCAGUCACAGUUUACAGUGUGUAUGCCUCCUGUGCGUCAUCUCAUCCGUCACUACAAAAUUGUUGUCAUUGAUGUUGACUAGUGUUGUAUAUUUUUUUGAGACCCGUUACAUCGUGAAGGCUACAUUUACGCUCUUAUGUCUCAUAAAUGGGGAAAAUCAUGUCAGUCACUGUUCGAUGUUGUACAGGACGAAAAAUUAAUACUGUAGUUCAUAACCCAUUUCUCUUUCACUCAAGCACAACAGACAUUAAUUAUGUUUGUCAUACAUCUGGAUCAUGUACUGUAUGUGUUAUGGACUCUUAGACCAGUUGAUAUGGUGCUGUGUUUGUGUUUGUCUGGAAGAAAGAAACUUUCAACGGGACUCUUGAGCAGGGUACUGCAUCUCAGCGAACCAUCCCUUUCGAUGUGAUAUUAAUGAAAACUUAACUGUUUUAAAUACAUUUUUAUUUUACAAGAUUCCUGAAAAGAUGUAUUUUCAGAUGUGAAAUAAAUGACUGGUGUUUUGUAAUGA